GAGGUGUUUACCAAGCAUCAUCAGCUGCGAUCUCACACCUGCCAAGCACGCGCACACCCAGGUACGAAACCUUACAUGUGCACACACUCAGGAUGCACCAAAUCGUUCGAUACGAACCAAAAAAUUAAAGGUCACGUUAAAACUCCUGACGGCUCGUGCACCUUCACGUCCGUGCGCAUGAUGAUUCAUCAUUCAGAUAAACGUCACAUGUGUGCACACCCAAAUUGCUUACCUGUAUUCAACACUGAUACUACAUAUUACCCGACAAGGACGUCCCUCAGGCUCAUGUACAUUAGGCCCACCCUCCAAUAUGCAUGCAUCCCUCAUGCAACGGACAAACCUUCGCUUUUCAGCACAAUCUGCGAGUUCAUCAGAAUUUACACUAACAACAAGAGUUAGAAGCCGUUCUCGCAGACGUAGAACCAUCAGAAGCAACAGACUUGUGUUGCAAACGUAGACGCGGCGGAGAAGUGGGCAAAGACUGUAAAUG